GCCUCCACCUCCCUCGUCAUAACCACCGCUCCGCGCCCGCGAGGACAGCGGCCGGCGGGAGCGGGGAGAGGACAGGGCGCCCGUGCACCCGCGCCAACUUUCGCCCUGGAGUCGCUGCUGCUGCUCCAUGGACAGAGCCCCGGCCCGGCGAGCCCGCGGCCGCCCGUGAGCAGUCCCCGCGCGCUUUAUUGCGACCUGCCGGCGGGAGCCUGGUCCCCGAGCCCGAGCCCGAGCGGCAUGGAGCGGCGCAGCGACAGCCCGAGCCUGCGGGACAGCCCUGAGCGGCGCGGCGGCAGCCCGGACGCCAAGGGGCCCCCAGCGAAGGCGGCGCGGCUGGAGCAGAACGGCAGCCCCCUGGGCGCGCGCGGGCGCACCAACGGCGCGGCGGCCCGGGCCGUGGGAGGUUUGAUGGUGCCUGUCUUCUGCGUGGUGGAGCAGCUGGAUGGCUCUCUCGAGUAUGACAACAGGGAGGAGCAUGCCGAGUUCGUCCUGGUGCGCAAAGAUGUGCUGUUCAGCCAGCUGGUGGAGACGGCCCUGCUGGCCUUGGGCUACUCACACAGCUCCGCGGCCCAGGCCCAAGGAAUAAUCAAGCUGGGGAGGUGGAACCCCCUCCCCCUCAGUUAUGUGACAGACGCACCCGACGCCACUGUGGCCGACAUGCUACAAGAUGUCUAUCAUGUCGUGACGUUGAAAAUCCAAUUACAAAGCUGUUCAAAGUUGGAAGACUUGCCAGCGGAGCAGUGGAACCAUGCCACCGUCCGCAAUGCCUUAAAGGAGCUGCUCAAAGAGAUGAACCAGAGCACACUAGCCAAAGAAUGCCCUCUCUCCCAGAGUAUGAUUUCAUCCAUUGUAAAUAGCACAUAUUAUGCCAAUGUGUCAGCAACCAAGUGCCAGGAGUUUGGGAGAUGGUAUAAAAAAUAUAAGAAGAUUAAAGUGGAAAGAGUGGAACGAGAAAACCUUUCAGACUAUUGUGUUCUGGGCCAGCGUCCAAUGCACUUACCAAAUAUGAACCAGCUGGCGUCCCUGGGGAAGUCCAGCGAGCAGUCUCCGCACAGCCAGCUGCACCACAGUGCACCCAUUCGAAACCAGGUGCCGGCACUGCAGCCCAUCAUGAGCCCUGGGCUGCUCUCGCCCCAGCUCAGCCCGCAGCUUGUGCGACAGCAGAUUGCCAUGGCCCACCUGAUCAACCAGCAGAUCGCCGUCAGCCGCCUGCUGGCCCACCAGCACCCCCAGGCCAUCAACCAGCAGUUCCUGAACCACCCGCCCAUCCCCAGAGCGGUGAAGCCCGAACCCAGCAACUCCUCCGUGGAGGUCUCACCUGACAUCUACCAGCAGGUCCGAGAUGAGCUCAAGCGGGCCAGCGUGUCCCAAGCCGUGUUCGCCCGCGUGGCCUUCAACCGCACACAGGGGCUGCUGUCCGAGAUCCUGCGCAAGGAGGAGGACCCCAGGACGGCCUCUCAGUCCCUGCUCGUGAACCUGCGGGCCAUGCAGAACUUCCUCAACCUGCCCGAGGUGGAACGGGACCGCAUCUACCAGGACGAGCGCGAGCGCAGCAUGAACCCCAACGUGAGCAUGGUUUCCUCGGCUUCCAGCAGCCCCAGCUCCUCUCGAACCUCGCAGGCCAAAACCUCGACGCCGACAGCAGACCUCCCUAUUAAGGUGGACGGUGCCAACGUCAACAUCACAGCUGCCAUUUAUGAUGAGAUCCAACAGGAGAUGAAAAGGGCCAAGGUGUCUCAAGCCCUGUUUGCCAAAGUGGCUGCAAAUAAAAGUCAGGGCUGGCUCUGCGAGCUGCUCCGCUGGAAGGAGAACCCAAGCCCGGAGAACCGCACGCUGUGGGAGAACCUCUGCACCAUCCGCCGCUUCCUGAACCUCCCGCAGCAUGAGAGGGAUGUGAUCUACGAGGAGGAGUCGCGGCACCACCACAGCGAGCGCAUGCAGCACGUGGUCCAGCUCCCGCCGGAGCCCGUGCAGGUCCUCCACCGACAGCAGUCCCAGCCCACCAAGGAGAGCUCCCCGCCCCGGGAAGAGGCGCCCCCUGCGCCCCCUCCAGCCGACGACAGCUGUGCCAAAAAGCCCCGCUCACGCACCAAGAUCUCCCUGGAAGCACUGGGCAUCCUGCAGAGCUUCAUCCACGACGUGGGGCUGUACCCCGACCAGGAGGCCAUCCACACGCUGUCCGCGCAGCUGGACCUGCCCAAGCACACCAUCAUCAAGUUCUUCCAGAACCAGCGCUACCACGUCAAGCACCACGGCAAGCUCAAGGAGCACGCGGGCUCCGCCGUGGACGUGGCCGAGUACAAGGAUGAGGAGCUGCUCACCGAGUCCGAGGAGAAUGACAGCGAGGACGGCCCCGAGGAGGUGUACCGGGUGGAGGCUGAGGAGGACAGCAGCGACAGGGCCAAGGCCACACCCGCCGAGGGCGACCAGAGAUGAUGGGGCCGGCCCGUGGCCUCACCCGAGGGUCUUCGCGCCCCUCUCCACAGACGUCCUCGGCUUCGUUUUCUGUUUGUCCUUCUGUGUCUGUCUGUCCGUGCCGUCGUGACACCCUCAGCUGCACAGGACAGGCCGAGGCUGAGCCCGGGCCUUCUCAGAGGCCGCCUUGGCAGAGACCCGCGGCCCUGUGCGCGGCCGGCACGCGCGUGUGCACAUGAACCUGUGUCUGCAUCCACAGACCUCCACUCCCCGCUCCGACAGGCCGGGUGGUAGCAGCCUGCAGUGAGCUCUCCAGAGAGGGUGCGGCCAUGCUCAGAACCACUUCCACGGCCGCCGUGGCUUCUGGGACCUGCGGCCUGCUCAGGGUGGGUGGGGUGACUAGUUUUUGAAUUCCUAUUUAUUUUUUUGUGUUUGUCCCUGAUUCUUUUUAAUUCUAUGGCUUCCUAUCCGGCAGCUUCAUGGGUAAUUUUUGAGGUAUGUAUUUAACAAAACAAAUCAACACUGCCAAAAAAAGGAAAGAAGAAAGCAAGUGAAACAAAUCAGGGCAAAUUGAAAUGCUACAAGUGAAAUUACUCAUAGAGACGCAGUGCACACUUGAGUGACUCCGUGGCGGACUGGUCGCCCGCCCGUCCGUCCGUCCGUCCGUCCGUCCGUCCCGUUUGGUCCUCCCCUGUGAAUGGGUCUGCCAUGGACACCAGUCGAGGAGGCGCCCACUCCUUGCAGGACCAGCCGCAGCAACGCCCCCGGGAUCCAUGCGGAAAACUCGCUUCACUGCAGUGGCUUCCCAUCUUAGACUAUUAAGCCUGCUCAUUUAAAAGUCGUUCCUUGUUGUUGCUUUCCUUUUGUUCUGUUCUGUUUUUAAAAAUAGAAAAUAGCUGGAUGUAAGGUUAAAUUAGGGAAGAAGCCGCCCCAGCCUGAGGGGCUGCCCCGCCCACAGGGUUUCUCAUUUCCCAGCACUCCAGACUCCGCCUCUUCUCAGCAUUCCCACCUGGGCGGCGCCCACCUCGGCCCUGCCCGGCCGCACCCCUGGCCGGAACCUGGUUGGAACCCCCGUGUGCAGCUCCAGGCAGCAGAGUAAGUGCAGCGGCUUCGGCAGGGUCACCUCCGGGCGCAGAAGGGGGUGCCCCCCCCCCCCGCCGCGCCCGAAGGCCAGCAGCGGCCUGUCCUUGUCCUUCCGCAGGUGCAGGAGGAGACCUCAUCCUCGGACGGCCCGGGUCCUGGUCCUGCGGCCUCCCUGCCGUUCACAGCCCCAUGUGGGUGGAUUGUUUUCAAGUCGUGUCUCAUGCAACCUUGUCAAAGACCUCAUGCAAUAUCACUUUGAAAGUUAUUUUCUGUUUACCACACAAGCAUUGUAAUAUAACUGUUAAUACUAUUUAUAUAUUUGAAAGGUAUAAAAGGUAGGAGUUUAAAAAAAACCUCUAUGUGUAGAUAUUAACUCAGAACUUACAAUACACAGGGAGAAGACACGUUGCAAUACAAGCUAACUCUAGCUGCUCAGUAACCUCUGGAGUUUUUAAGGGGACAUUUUCCUGUACUUUUUCCAAUAAUGACGUUUAAAACCUUACCUUGCCAUGAGCGUACGUAUCUGCGGAGGGGCGGCAGUCGGCAGGGAAGCCGCCCUCCACCUCUGUCUGUAGAUGCUGCAGCUCUAAUCGGAAGCCGUGGCUGCUGCUUCCCGAGCUCCGAGUUACUGUCCACCCUGUCUUCUCUCGCUGUUGCUGAAGGUCACUCUGCACACACCCUAGGAACCGGUUUCGCCAAGCUCUUACCAGGUGGCUCAUCGCUCGAUGACAUCCGCAUUGGGUAUCUUUUACACUUCAACCAAAAAUUUAUUAGGUAUUUUUCAAUGCUAAGUCUUGCCUUUUAUUUUUUAAGUUCACUGCCAAGUGUGCAGUGGUUCUAAGUGAAUCUGUGGGCAUUUUAGCCUGUGGUCUUGCCAGAUUUUUGCGAAUUACAAUGCAUAUAUGUCUAUUUAUUCAAUAUCUGUCAUAUAAUAUCUAUUUGGAAGAAGAAACUUUCUCUUGUAGUGCCUCUUGACAAAGCACAAUUUCCCGCCUUUUUUUGUGAAAUGAGAAGAAAAAACAAAUUGUGUUUUAUUGCAGUAUCAACAAUGUGAAUAAGGAUUAACAUAUUGUAAAUGUUCUUUUUUCCAUGUAAAUCAACUAUCUUUGUUAUCACUAAGUGAUAAUUAAUUUUUAACUUAUGUGCAUUGUUAGGCUGUUAGAAUUUUUUGGUUG